UCUCGCUCCCUCUUUCCCUCGCCCCUUUCUAUAUCCUUGAUGGCUAACAUUUUUGUUGAUAGGCUCGAAGAGCUUAGGAGAAAAAAUAAGGAAAUAGAAGAGGAUGAGAAAGAGUAUGAGGAAGAUGUGGUGCUUCUUGAGGCUUCUGAAUUGAAUCGGAAAGUAGAUGAGAUUGAGUUGAAGUUGAAUGAAGUUCGCAACCUUCAAGGUGAAAUUGUCACAAACCUAUCAAGUAAAAAUGGAGAUUUGAAAGAGAGGCAUGCAAAGCUUCUGGCAGAGAUCAAGAAGCUGUCACAAACUGUUCAGAAAGGAUUAAAGCGCUUUCAAGAUGACAUUAAACGUGAUGAACUGGGCCCUGAAAGAAAUUCAGCUGAACUAAGAAUAAAGAAAAGUCAUUGUUCUGCCUUGAGCCGUAAACUAAAGGGUAUCAUGUCAACCUAUACUCAGCUGGAGGAACAGCACAAAGAAAAGUGCAAGGAUCUGAUAAAAAGACAAAUGCGAAUAGUUGAUUCUAAAGCUCAUUUAUCUGAUGAAAAAAUUGAAGAAAUGUUGGAGUCAAACGAAGUGUCUGUAUUUACUCAAGAUGUAUUGAUUCAAACAUCUCAAAAGAAACAAGUUCUUGAUGAAGUAGAGGCUCGAAGAACAGAAAUACGUGAACUGGAGCAAAAUUUAAAAGAACUUUACGACAUGUUCUAUGACAUUAUGGUUCUCAUUGAUUCUCAAGGAGACCUUGUUGAUAAUAUUGAAUAUAAUGUUGAAAAAGCAGGAGCCUAUGUUGAAUCUGGUGCAAAAGCAGUAGUUGGUGCAGCUAGAUUGAAGAAAAAGAACACAAGGUUGCGUUGGAUUAUCUGCUGUGUAGUGACCACUAUUAUCAUUGUUCUGGUUAUAGCUGUAGCCAUCAUAGCAGUUGUAGCUGUUUAUCUUCUGAGGGGUAAUAAUACUGACAUUACUGUACAGAAUCCGGUUAACAGAGAACUCUCAGAACUAUCACAAAGCUUCAUAUAAUUUUGCUGCAACAUAAAAUUCAAUGCAAGACCAGCCCCACCCACUAAAAUAUUUUGCGUGGGUGAUGAGCAGAGAGGUAACUAUCCGGAUAAAAACGAUGAUCAGGAUACUAAAUAGACCACGCCCACACACGUGGUCAAUCAUGGGUAGAAAAAAGAAGAAAGGAGAGAGCGGGCUUGCAACCACCUACUACUCACGCAGUCAAGCAAUGAGGAAACUACAGAUAUCAAUGCCUGAAUUCAGGUCAUUAACUAUGAAACAUAGACCACGCCUUUGCUAGGUCACGUGGCUGUUGAUAUAAUAACUUUUAAUUAAUUAGCUUGCUUCCAGCCUCACCUUCAAUAUGGAGAGUUUGUGUUCUCUCUCUCCCUCUUUCUCUCGUCCCUUGAUGGCUGACAUUUUUGUUGAUAGGCUCGAAGAGUUUAGGAGAAGAAAUAAGGAAAUUGAAGAGGAUGAGAAUGAGUAUGAGGAAGAUGUGGUGCUUCUUGAGGCUUCUGAAUUGAAUA